CCGCGGCCUGUCCGCACGCUGCCGGGAUGAGGUGAUCCGCAUACCUACCAAAACCGCCUGCAGUGCGUUGGGACUUCCCCAGCCUCCCAGAGCCGGAGCUGAUUCACGGAUUUGCCCAAUGCCAUCUCAUCUGGCGGAUGCCCGCCCUGGCCGGGCGGACGGCGCCGCCCCUCCGCGCGGUUGCGCCACCUCGUGUCCGUCGACAGAGGGCGGUCUGCCGGUCCGACGGCCGCCGUCCGAACAGCACAGUCGGGCGAGCCGCCGACUGGGCCGGCUGCGUACGGAAGUACGGGACGGACGGCAGCCGACUGUACGGACGGUGACGGGUCGGUCGGUGUACGGAUCAGCGAUCAAGAUGAGUAAGAAGGACAGUUCCAGUUCGUCGGACAGCCUGUUCCGCAUCCCUCCGCACUACUAUGUGCACGUGCUCGAUCAGACGGCCAACGUCACCCGGGUCGAGGUCGGACCGCAGACCUUCAUCAGGAAGGACAAUGAACGGGUCAUCGUCGGCCCGAACGCCAUGGUGGUGGUGCCGCCGCGCCACUACUGUGUCGUCGAGAACCCGGUGGUGCGCGGCGAGGACGGUCAGGUGGUGUGCGACGCCAGCGGCCAGGCGCGCCUGCUGCACGCCGACACGGAGGUGCGGCUGCACCAGGACCCAUUCCCGCUGUACCCGGGCGAGAAGCUCAGCUCGGCCGUGCUGCCGCUGAAGGUGGUCCCGCCCAACAAGGCGCUCCACCUGCGCGCGCUGCGCGAGUUCAAGGAGGGGGAGGUGGUGCGCUCCGCCGGCGAUGAGUGGCUGUUCGGGCCGGGCACCUACGUGCCGCGUCCGGAGGUCGAGGAGGUGGCCGAUAUCAAGGCCAUCAUCAUCGGGCCGAACCAGGCGCUCCGACUGCGGGCACGACUCGAAACCACCGACUGGAAGGGCCAGAAGCGGGUGGCCGGCGAGGAAUGGCUGGUGACCAGAGUCGGCGCCUACAUGCCCGGCGUCUACGAGGAGGUGGCCAAGAUGGUGAACGCUCACGUGCUGACGGAGAAGACGGCUCUUCUGGUGCGCGCCACUCGCACCUUCACCGACAGUCGCGGCGUGCGCAGGAAGAACGGCGAGGAGUGGCUGGUGCGCUUCGACGAUAUGGAAACGUUCAUCCCAGACGUGUACGAGGAGGUGGUGGAGGAACGCGAGGUGACCACCCUCACCAGCCGGCAGUACUGCGUCAUCUGCGACCCGGUCGGGCCGGACGGCAAGCCGCAGCUCGGCCAGCGUCGGCUGGUGCGCGGUGAGAAGUCGUUCUUCCUGCAGCCCGGUGAGACGCUGGAAGACGACGUCCGCGACAACUACAUCCUCCAGGAGAACGAGGCGCUGGUGCUGCGCGCCGGCGAGGCGUUCACUGACAACACAGUGACGCCGCCGGUGACGCGCCGGCCCGGAGACCGCUGGAUGGUCACCGGGCCCGUGGAGUUCGUGCCGCCCAUCGAGGUGGAGGUGGUCGUCCAGCAGACGGCUAUCCCGCUCGACCGCACCGAGGGUAUCUACGUGCGCAACAACCGCACGGGCGAGGUGCGCGCCGUCUGUGGACAGACCUACAUGCUCACCCAGGACGAGGAGCUGUGGGAGAAGGAGCUGCCCGCCAGCGUGGUGGAGCUGCUGCGUACCGACGCGCUGGCCGACCGCGGCGGCUACCGGGAGCUGAGACGGUCAGCGACCAACAAGAGCCAUGACGAGUUGAGCGACCGCACCCGCGUCAUCACCUACCGCGUGCCGCACAACGCAGCCGUUCAGGUCUACGACUACAAGGCGAAGCGGUCGCGCGUUGUGUUCGGCCCCGACCUGGUGAUGCUGGAGCCGGACGAACAGUUCACGCAACUCUCCCUGUCCGGUGGCAAGCCCAAGAAGCCCAACACGAUCCGGGCGCUGUCGCUGCUGCUCGGACCCGACUUCUGCACUGAUAUUGUCACUGUCGAGACGUCCGACCACGCGCGUCUCUCGCUGCAGAUUGCCUACAACUGGCACUUUGAUGUCGGCAACAAGACUGCCGAGGAUGCGUGCAAGAUCUUCAGCGUGCCUGACUUUGUGGGCGACGCGUGCAAGGCGAUCGCGUCUCGUGUGCGCGGCGCCGUGGCGCAGCGACCAUUCGAUGACUUCCACAAGAACUCGGCCAAAAUCAUCCGGCAGUCUGUGUUCGGUCUGGACGACGCUGGCAAGGUGCGCAAACAGUUUGUGUUUCCGCAGAACAACCUUGUGGUCACCUCGAUCGACAUCCAGAGUGUGGAGCCGGUGGACCAGCGGACGCGCGACUCGCUCCAGAAGAGCGUCCAGCUGGCCAUCGAGAUCACCACCAACGCUCAGGAGGCGGCCGCCAAGCACGAGGCCGAGCGCACGGAACAGGAGGCGCGUGGCCGACUCGAGCGGCAGAAGAUUAAGGACGAGGCGGCCGCGGAGCAGGCGCGUAAGGAGCUCGUCGAGCUGCAGACGGCGUGCGCGGCCAUCGAGAGCACCGGUCAGGCCAAGGCCGAGGCGCAGAGCCGCGCCGAGGCGGCCCGCAUCGAGGGAGAGGCGGCCGUGGAGCAGGCCGGCCUGAAGGCGCGCGCCGCCAACAUCGAGGCCGAGUCGGAGCUGGAGCGGCUGCGCUCGGCGCGCGAGGCCGAGCUCAAGUACACCGAGGAGAGCAACCAGCUGGAGAUCGCGCGUUCCAAGGAGAUGGCCAACAUCGAGAUCGAGAAGUUCCAGCAGAUGGUGUCGGCGAUGGGCGCCGAGACGUUGAAGGCCAUGGCCACUGCUGGCGGCGACCACCAGGUGCGCAUGCUGCAGAGUCUGGGCCUGCAGUCCACGCUCAUCACCGACGGACGCACUCCCAUCAGCCUGCUGAACACCGCCCAGGGCCUGGUGGGACUGGGCCAGGCGGCCGGGACCGAGUCGGCCGUCCAGCGGCCGCGCUAGGCCGCAGAGCGCCGCGCGGCGCCACGCGACUAACUGCCCAGGUGGUCCGCCCGACUAACUGCCCAGGUGGUUGGAUUCCUGGUCAGCCGAGAUUUUGCACGGUCUCCUCUGUGAUUUUGAAUUGAAGACAUCCCAGACUGGAAGAGAAGAGAUGCCAGUACAAGACGCGUCUCGUACAAUUUUUUGUUUUUGGAAGCGAUUUUCCACUGUCUGACGCCUACAACCAGCGAAACCGUGAGCCGUGCCACCAGAUUUUUGCCGGGACGAAUUACGGUUUAAUUUAAUCUUCCAACCGCAGAGUCUAGUCUCGAUGUAUGAGAGUGGGUAGGUUACCUGUCCUGUGUUUUCCAUAGUCACGGGUGACGGCUGGGCUCCUAGCCUCCUAACAGCACUCACAAGUUCCACUCCACUAGACCUGGCGAGUGCUGCAGGUAGUUUCGCGAGUGCGGCGUACGUUUAACCCGCGCCCCGUAGGGGGGGGGGGCCGAAACGGCCCCCCUGUCCUUUUCGGUCGAUAUCUCCUAAACGGCUGGAGAUAUCGCCACUAAACUUUCAGGACCCCUCCGGGCAUCAAUUUUACACAUUGUGACCAAAAAUUUUUCCAGAGGCUGUGGUAGGUUGGCCACAAAUGACGUCAGAGUGACGUCAUGUUCUGUCAUUUUCGACCGAAAAAAGACCUUCGCGAGAAGACCUGUCAGGCCUACAGCUUUGAAGAUACAGAAAAAUGAUCAAGACAUAAAAGGUGUAGAAUUGACAGGGCUACAAAACUGCUAUCUCGGAUUUUUGAAAUUUUUGAGUUUUGAUCCCCAAAAAUCAAAAAAGCAUUUUUUUGGAUAUAUUAGCCAAAAAAUCCAAAAAGUUUUUUGAGUUUCGGAAAAACCGGAAUAUAUGUGAUAGUACCUACCGUCUUCUAUCUACAUACCAAAUUUCAGAUCGAUACCUCGUUUUUUGGCCAAGUUAUAGCGAAAAAACUGUUCAAAAAUGAUGACGUCAAAUUUUCAAACUCAAUUUUUGGCAAUUCUAGAAAUCGUAGAGCAAAACAAAGACCACCAUUAGACUCCCCGUGACGAGCUGCAUCGAAUGGAUACCCAUUUUAUGCAAAAAUAUCAACUUUGAAAUUUGACCUAAUUUGACCUGACCUUGACCUGACCUUCACCAAAACGUGACCUAGGCUGGCCCCAAAGGCUGCCUAACCCACAUAAUCGCAUUUAUCAUGUAAAAUGGACCAUAAAACAUGUAUCACACGACACAUUCAUAUUGUGACCCCCGGUGACCUGACCUCGCUGUGACCUGACCUGGUAUCAGUGACCUCAGAUAGCAAAGUAUGUGUUUGACGAACAAUAUACCAUCGAUGGUUUUCAACAAAUUACCAAUUUACUCGAUUUCACAGCACAUUUCUUGAAUUGCCUGUGAACGGUGAAAAUCUGACCUUUGACCUGACCUGUGACGUCAUCGGUUUGACCUAGGUCAAUGAAAUUUGGUCACAAGGUAGUUCCCGGGUAGGGCUAUCAAACGCCGUUUGAAUUUUGAAAAUCGGCCGGUAACUUUCCGAGAUCUUAGGGGGGGGCCGAAACGGCCCCCCCCCCCCCCCUACGGGUGGUAGGGUCCGCCGGUAGCCCUACGGGGCGCGGGUUAAAAGACCGCAGCAUUCAUUUCAGAGUGCUGCUCGCCAGCUUUCGCCUGUAAGCACGGGUCCGUUCCAACGGUAGAUGAUGCCUGGUGACUGUCUGCCUCGCUCGAGCCCCCCAGCUCCCGACCCAGCCUAGGCUCCUGCCGGGGUUCGCUCGCGUCCAUGUGUGCUCUUAUCUACUGCCGCUUGCCUCGGAAUAGGGUGCUAGGAAUACGUGAGUCCCAUGUAAUCGUCACGUGAUAGUUGGUUGCGCACUAGGGUGAUUUGUCCGUGCCGUGCUGGUUGGUUCGCGUCCGCAGAGUUGGCUGUGGCUGAAGUGCGCUUCUGGCAGGGUGUGCUGCUUUGUAGGCGUACAGCUCGGCGCCUAAUGCCAUUAUUGUAGUCUUUGUGUCCGCCUUGUGUACUUGUUGUCUUCUAAAGAACAUAAUACAAUAUAAAAUAGUAA